AUGGGCUGCUGCUUCUCGCUGCCCAGGGGCCCCAACUCCCCCUAUCCCGGUGGUGGUGCUCCUCCCGCCCCGCCCCAAUCUGCGGACCUCUCGCAGUCGCAGUCGCAGUCGCAGUCGCAGUCGCAACCUCCUCCUUCCGCCCGUUCCACCGCGCCAGACGUCGACCGCGCCGGUCCCCAGCAGCACCACAGUCGACACACGCGUAGACCCCUCGACCAGCACAUCAAUAAGCCGCUGCGUCGAAACGAGUGGUCAUCCAAGAGCCGUAUUUGGUCAAGAGGUGCCUUGGAUCGUGAACGUACCGACUUCUUCGAUACCAGGGUCAGCGGCCGCCCCGAGAUCUGGCAGACCCUGCAUGCCGCCCUGGAUGUCCUGUGGGCGUCCGAAACCACGAGACAGCAUGACCCAAACGACUCGAGUGUCGACAUGAACCCUUCCCUGGCUCUUGCCACAGCGCAGACCAUUCUCGAUGCGGCCGACAUCACUCUGCCGACAGGAAACCUCGCCGACGGCGCAUACGACCAUCUCGGCAAUUACUACCAGUUGCCUAUCCAUAUCGUCUCCGACCCAACUAACAUUGCACCUGGAGAUGACGAUAAUGGCGGCGGCGACGACGACGACGGCGACGACGACGACGAGCGGUUUGGGGAGGCCAAGACUGCAGAAGAUGCUACCGCCGGUGCCGACGAUGACGAAAACCAGAACCUGGACGACGAGGCGGGACGACGUCGCGUGCGCAAGGGCAAAUCUGUUGUCGAUAUUUCCGACCAGGUCCUUGCCGUUGUACGUCUUAGCAAUACUGCCAGAGACUUGAAACUAGACGUGGGCAAAGACGAGGCUGUCCGCAGCAUCAUUCAGCGCAUUAUGGAGGAGAGCAAUCUGCCCCCUGGCUCUCGUGUUCGCCUCGUACACAUGGGCAAGAUCCUGAAGGAGAGUACUUCCCUUACGGCUCAGGGCUGGGCCGACCAGGUCAUCAGCGCUUUUGUCUACGAUCCUCCACGCUAG